GACUUCCGGUAGGAGGCGGCAAGUUUGAAAAGUGACAACGGUUGGAAUUUGUUUUUUUACUUUGCCUGCAGCUGCUCCCCGAACUCGCCGCCUUCUCUGUGGACGGUUAGUGAGCUCGAACGGGCGCAGAAGAACGGAGGAAGGGAGACCGAGGGCGCCCUCUCCCUCCGAAGGCGCGGGCAGGGAACAGGACGCUUAGCCUUUCAGUGUUUCCGUUCUGCGCAGCGCUGGGGAGGAGGCUGGAGAAUCCAGCCCUUGGGAGACGAGCAAGCGACUUCCAAGAUGGAAGCUUUGUCUUUCCCCAGGUAUAAUGUAGCUGAGAUUUUAAUUCAUAUUCGGAACAAGAUCUUAACAGGAGCUGAUGGUAAAAACCUCUCCAAGAAUGAUCUUUAUCCAAACCCAAAGCCUGAAGUCUUACACAUGAUCUACAUGAGAGCCUUACAAAUAGUAUAUGGAAUUCGACUGGAGCAUUUCUACAUGAUGCCAGUGAACUCCGAAGUCAUGUAUCCACAUAUAAUGGAAGGCUUCUUACCAGUCAGCAAUUUAUUUAUUCAUCUGGAUUCAUUUCUGCCCAUCUGUCGGGUGAAUGACUUCGAGAUUGCUGAUAUUCUAUAUCCAAAAGCAAAACGGACAAGUCGGUUUUUAAGUGGCAUUAUCAACUUCAUUCACUUCAGAGAAUCAUGCCGUGAGACAUACAUGGAGUUCCUUUGGCAAUAUAAAUCCUCUUUGGACAAAAUGCAACAGUUAAACGCUGCACACCAGGAGGCAUUAAUGAAAUUGGAGAAACUUGAUUCUGUGCCAGUUGAAGAGCAAGAAGAAUUCAAGCAGCUUUCGGAUGAUAUUCAGGAACUGCAGCAAUUGCUGAAUCAGGAGUUUCGUCAAAAAACAAUAGUGCUGCAAGAUGGAAAUUCCCAAAAGAAAUCAGAUAUUUCAGAGAAAACCAAGCGUUUGAAUGAACUAAAAUUGUCCACAGCAUCUUUGAAAGAAGUACAAGAGAGUUUGAAAGCAAAAAUUGUGGAUUCUCCAGAGAAGCUAAAGAAUUAUAAAGAGAGAAUGAAAGAUACAGUCCAGAAGCUUAAAAAUUCCAGGCAAGAAGUAAUGGAAAAAUAUGAAACCUAUCGAGACUCGGUCGACGGCUUGCCUUCAUGUCAGCGGGAGGUGCAGUUAUAUGAAAAGAAAAUACAAGACCUUGCAGAUAGUAGGGAAAAACUAACCAGUAACUUAAAGGAGAGCAUGAACUUGGAGGACCAAAUUGAGAGCGAAGAGUCAGAACUGAAGAAAUUGAAGGCCGAAGAAAAUUCAUUGAAAAGACUUCUGAUCGUGAAGAAGGAAAAACUUGCCACAGUGCAAUUCAAGAUAAAUAAGAAGCAUGAGGAUACCAAGCAGUACAAACGCACCGUGAUCGAGGAUUGCAAUAAAGUUCAAGAAAAAAGAGGUGCUGUUUAUGAGCGAGUAAUCACAAUUAAUCAAGAAAUCCAAAAAAUUAAAUUUGGAAUUCAGCAGCUUAAAGAUACCACUGAAAGGGAGAAAAUGAAGUCUCAGGAAAUAUUUCUAAAUUUAAAAACUGCUUUGGAGAAGUACCAUGAAGGCAUUGAAAAGACGGCAGAGGACUAUUGUGCUAAAAUAGAUGAAAAAGCAGCUGAACUGAAGAGGAGGAUGUUCCGAUUUUCAGCAUGAUUACCAAAACUUCAUCUCUUUUCUAGGUGGCUUGCCGUCCUUUAAUAUUCCGUUCAGAAAGGGAGUAGUUAAGUUGAAGCUAAUGGCAACGCAAGUAUCAGGAUCGCCAAGUAAAGCUGGCGCAGUCUGUUUGUAUAUACGCUCAUGUGUGGUUAUUUUCUAAGGUAAUGCAUUUUGUGUAGACUUUUGUUAACUUACAAUUAAAAUAACUUGCAAUUAAAACUCCGGUCUCUA